AAGCGGCGGGGGGGGUGAUGCCGGGAGCUGCCGGAGCCCCCCGAGCGGAGCCCGCCCGCCGCAGCCCCGGGGCCGCCGGUCCCAGAGGGGGCUGCGUCCCCUGGAAGCCUCCUGUGACCUCCUGAGGUGAAGCUCGGGCUCAAAGCCCCGGGGAGAGGCGGAGAAGGAUCUCUGCGGUGCUCCAGCAUCCCCGGGGCCCUGGCAGCGGGAGGGCUGGAAGAACGGAGGCUCCCGGCUCCUGCAUCCCGCCGUGGGAAAACUCCCGCGUUCCCGCAGGGGAUGUGCCCGGGCUCACGGACAAGCUGCUGCUGGGUUUAGACACCUCGGGAGGAGAAGAACCUCAUGACUUUGCUCAAACCAUGGCAGAAACCCCCGAGGGGGCCAAUCCUCAGUGCCUGGUGCUGAUUUGUGCCUGAAGCCACCAGACCUGCCCAGGACAAAUAAGAACCACCUGGGAGACGCACAGACACUUAAUUUUCCUCAGUGAAAAUACUGAUGACACUCAGCUGAAAACGUGUGCUGAUCCUGCCCCUUGAAAAGAGGGAAAGGAGCAUCCUGGGAGUUUUGGGAGAGGCAUCGUUGCUCCCUGAGGGUCUCCUCCUGCCCGCUGAGGAUCUGUGGGGCACAGGAGCUUCUCAGAGCUGCUGGGCUCUGCUCCAUGACUAACACAGAGGACGCUGAGAGAACUAUGGACUCUCCUCCGGUGACCUCCAGCCCUGCACCAGGGCCUGUUACCUUCUCACAAGUUUUUGGGCAGCAGUGCCAGCUCAUGGAAGCAGCCGUUGAGUCACUGCAUUCCUUGAACGACCAGAUCUCCCAUUUUAUUGUCAACAAGUCAAAAACGCUGGAUGAGGAGGAAGAAGCCUUUUUGCCCAGCGAGAAGGAAUCUCUGAAAAGUGCCAUGAUGCUGAUGAGGCACCUCCUGAUGGAUGCACAGGCCAAAAUCCUGCACAUGAUGGACGACAACAAGCAGCUGGCGCUGCGCAUCGACGGGGCGCUGCAGGCGGCGGGCCAGGAGGUGACGGCGCUGCGCGCCGAGCUGGCGGCCACCGGCCGGCGCCUGGCCGAGCUGGGCAGCGACCCGGCCAUGGAGCACGGCCCGCACGGCGCUCAAGCGCUGCUGCGGGAGGAGGUGGCCCAGCUGCAGGAGGAGGUCCACCUGCUCCGGCAAAUGAAGGAAAUGCUGACCAAGGACCUGGAGGAGACGCACGGCAGCAAGUCCCCGGAGGUGCUCUCGGCCACCGAGCUGAAGGUGCAGCUGGCCCAGAAGGAGCAGGAGCUGGCACGUGCCAAGGAGGCUCUGCAGGCCAUGAAAGCCGACCGCAAGCGCUUGAAGGGGGAGAAGACAGACCUGGUGAGCCAGAUGCAGCAGCUGUACGCCACGCUGGAGAGCCGGGAGGAGCAGCUCCGGGACUUCAUCCGCAACUACGAGCAGCACAGGAAAGAGAGCGAGGACGCAGUGAAAGCCCUGGCGAAGGAGAAGGACCUCCUGGAGCGGGAGAAGUGGGAGCUGCGGCGACAGGCCAAGGAGGCGACGGACCACGCCAGUGCCCUGCGCUCCCAGCUCGACCUGAAAGACAACCGCAUGAAGGAGCUGGAGGCCGAGCUGGCCAUGGCCAAGCAAUCCCUGGCCACGCUGACCAAGGACGUCCCCAAGCGCCAUUCCUUGGCCAUGCCGGGCGAGACGGUGCUGAACGGGAACCAGGAGUGGGUGAUGCAGGCUGACCUCCCGCUGACCGCCGCCAUCCGGCAGAGCCAGCAGACCCUCUACCACUCACACCCCCAGCACUCGGCGGACCGGCAAGCGGUCAGAGUGAGCCCCUGCCAUUCCCGGCAGCCGUCCAUCAUCUCCGACGCCUCCGCGGCCGAGGGCGACCGGUCGUCCACGCCAAGUGACAUCAACUCCCCCCGGCAUCGAACACACUCGCUCUGCAACGGGGACAGUCCUGGACCGGUACAGAAGAACUUGCACAACCCAAUCGUACAGUCUCUAGAGGACCUGGAAGACCAAAAACGGAAAAAGAAGAAAGAGAAGAUGGGCUUUGGCUCCAUCUCCAGGGUGUUUGCUCGGGGGAAGCAGCGCAAGUCCCUCGACCCGGGGCUCUUCGACGGGACGGCCCCCGACUACUACAUCGAGGAGGACGCGGACUGGUGACCCCCCGUGCCGGGCGGGUGCCACUGUACAUAUCCCCCACCUGUGGACGUGUUACCUGUUGUCUUGGGAGCGAUGCAGCUGUGUCGUAACUUCAGUUUUUCCCCUUUUUUUUUUUUUCUUUUUCCGUGUUUUUUUUUUCAUUUUUUUUUUCCCAUCCCGGUGACUCCUUUUGUUGUCGCUUCAGUUCGUCAGUUUUGGGGGGUGUUUUUUUCGUUUUGUUUUGGGUUUGGUGGUUUUGUUUGUUUGUUUUUUUUUUUUUGUCGUCGUCGUUCUUUUCUCUUUCUUCUUUUGACAAAACUUGAAACUUGAAGGACUGCUGUGUCUCUGUAAAUACCAGAAAUAUUGUGCACUUUGUGCUUGUGACGUCUCUUGUCCGAAACCCGCUGUUUUCCGGAGCCCAGCCCGCGGGAUGUCCUCGCCUGGGGACGAAGGACCUGCCCAGCUGAGGGACCUUAGAGGGAAAACACACAAAAACAACAACAACAAAACAACAACAAAAGAUCUCCUUCGCUGUGAUGUCUUCCUGGCCGAGCACCCGGGCUGGUUGUAACGCCUGCCGGUCUGGAAAUAAGUGUUUUAACGUUCCUUUUUAGUUGUUUUAAUUUAUUUGCACAAACCCAGAGGAGCUAUUCUAACUAAA